AGCUGCCUCGUUAGGCAUGCGGCGUGGGGUGGAGGAGCAACGCGCUGCGCAACAGCGGUGGGAGGGCCGCCGUACUCAGGGCCCCGACGCUGCGUUUGUUGCCGUACGCGACGCUGGCCGGCUGGGUGGCAGCACCAGCCAUGGGCACGAUAACGCCAACUCGCAGCAACAUACCGGGGGCCGGAGGCUGCUUGACUCUGCGUCCUGGUACCCCAGUUGCAGGAACUACCCCGCACCCAAAUCGGUUGCUCAAGACAGUUCUGGAAGGUUUUGGGGCAGCGAGGGUGGGUCCUGCAUCUACCGCGACGCCUCAGGCAACCCGGCCAAGCUGUGGGACAUCGUGCCGGCAUGCAGCUCGGACGUAACGCCUGCUAACAUCAAGUCAACGGACUCUGCCGGAAGGUUCUGGGGUUGGGAAAACAGCCGCAGCUGCGCAUUUAAGGACGGUAGCGGCAAGCCUCUCAGCGUGGACAGCAGUAGCAGCAACAACAAGGACAGCGGUAGCGGAUCUUCAGUAUCCGCCAACUCCAAUGACCCAUGGGUCUCUGCGUCUGCGUGCACUGCAGACCCCACGUCCGGAAACUCCAAAACCGAC